GAUGGCGGCUGCGGCGGUGAAGUGGGGAGGGUGUCUCCUCCGCGGAGCCGUGUCGGCCUCGUGCGCCCGAGGAUUCCUCAGGCACUACCGGGCAACGUCAUGCGGUGACAGCACGUCCGUCCUAAGAGGCGACAUUAACAAGAUGAAUCGAGUCGUGUACAAAGUGGUGCUCACCGGCGGCCCUUGUGGAGGCAAAACCACAGGACAAACCAGGCUCAGCACAUUCUUCGAAAAUCUGGGAUGGAGGGUGUACCGGGUACCAGAGACGGCCUCCAUCCUGCUCAGCGGUGGCAUCAAGUUCGCCGACUUGACCUCGGGGCAGGCCCUGGAGUUCCAGAACAACCUGUUCAAGACGAUGGUAUCCAUAGAGAACACCUAUUUUGAGCUGGCGAGCACGGUGGACCAGAACUGCCUCAUCAUCUGCGACCGCGGGACCAUGGACGCCAGCGCCUUCGUGCCGAAGGAGCAGUGGGACGAGAUCAUGGCGCGCAACGGCUGGUCUUCGGUGGUGGAGGUGCGCGACAACCGCUACAACCAGAUUAUCCACAUGGUGUCGGCGGCCAACGGCGCCGAGGAGUUCUACUCGCUCGAGGACCACAGCUGUCGCAGCGAGGACCUGUCGCUGGCGCGGCACCUCGACAACAAGGCGGCCGCGGCCUGGGUCGGCCACCCUUACUUCGACGUCAUGGACAAUUCGUGCGACUUCGACACCAAGAUCCGGCGCACGAUCGCGACGGUCUGCCACCGCCUGGGCAUCGACACUGGCGACCGGCUUGCCACCGGCUCCAAGAAGUUCAAGUUCCUGAUCAGGCCGCCGUUGCCCGACACGUCUGCCUUCCCCGGCUUCCAGGACUUCGAGGUGGUGCACCACUACCUCAACACGGGCAGCAAGCGCAUGCAGACGCGGCUGAGGAAGCGCGGACAGAACGGCACCUGGUCCUACACCCACACCAUCCGCAAGCCGGAGAAGCUGGGCCAGACGGUGGAGGUGAAGACGCAGAUCUCGCACCGCGACUACACCAACCUGCUGGAGCAGGCUGACCGGCGCCACCUGCCCGUCUACAAGACGCGGCGCGCCUUCCUCUGCAACGACCAGUACUUCCAGCUGGACAUUUACCGGGAGCCGCACCACGCCAGGUGCAAGGACCUGCUGCUGCUGGAGACGUACUCGACGCUGCCGGUGGCCGAGCUGGAGCAGCGGCUGCCGCCGUUCUUGUGCGUGGCGGGCAACGUGACCGGCCAGGCCGAGUUCUCCAUGUACAACCUGUCGCUGCGCGAGGAGUGGGACGGCCAGAACUUCUACCGCGGCCCGGCCGCCGAGGACGAAGUGGACGACCAGUCGGCGGCGCCCGGCGGCCAGGCGCCGCCGACCAGCUGCAUGUGCAACGGCAGCUAG